CUGAUUGGUCGACGGGGGGGGGGGGGGGGUGGUUGGCGGGCACGCAUCUCGCCGUUCUCCGCCAGCGUUGGCGAUCGACCGCCGGGUUUCUCGCUCGGCAAUUUCACGACGCCCGCAGCGAUGUCCCUCAAGCAGUGCAUGGACGAGUGGGGCGAGCUGGAGACGGAGUACAAGACGUUACAGGAGACGCACAAGUUGUAUAAGCACAAACUGGACGAGGUCACGAGGCUGCAAUCGAGUUGCUGCGAAUCCAUCGACAAGCAGAAGCGAGGCAUGAAGGACCUCCUGCAGUCCCUCAAACACUGUAAACCGCCCAAGUUCCCCGAGGAGAGGGAGGUGGUGGAGAAGGUGGAAGCGGCGAUUGAGGAACGGCAGGCGAUUUUCUUUGACAUGGAAGCCUUCCUGCCGAAAAAGAAUGGGUUGUACUUGAACUUGGUGCUGGGAAACGUGAACGUGACGUUACUGAGUAAACAGGCCAAAUUUGCUUACAAGGACGAGUACGAGAAGUUCAAGCUGUAUCUCACGACACUCCUCAUCCUCGCAUCCUUCACCUGUCGAUUCCUGGUCAACUACAGGGUGACGGACGAGAUUUUGAACUUUCUGCUCGUGUGGUACUACUGCACGCUCACCAUCCGGGAGAGCGUUCUCAUCAGCAAUGGCUCUCGGAUUAAAGGCUGGUGGGUGGCGCACCACUACGUGUCUGCUUUCCUCUCGGGAACGAUGCUCACCUGGCCGAAUGGGCUGAUGUACCAGAUGUUCAGAAACCAGUUUCUCGCCUUCACCAUGUACCAGAACUUCCUCCAGUUCCUGCAGUAUUACUACCAGAGCGGCUGUCUGUACCGGCUGCGUGCGCUGGGGCAGAGGCACAACAUGGAUCUGACCGUUGAGGGGUUCCAGUCGUGGAUGUGGCGUGGACUCACGUUCCUGCUUCCGUUCCUCUUCUUUGGCCACUUGUGGCAGCUGUACAACUCCAUCACGCUGUUCAAGCUGGCUCAGCACAAGGAGUGCAAGGAGUGGCAGGUGUUCGUGCUGGCGCUCACUUUCCUUGUGCUCUUCGGUGGGAACCUCCUCACCACGCUGCGGGUGAUCCAGCAGAAGGUGCAGAGCGUACACGAGGGCACGGGCGACAAGGACAAGAGCGCCUGAGAAACCGCGACGCCUGCGGGGAAAAACCGCGGGCGCGCAGCGACCCCCGACAAACCCAGAGCCGUCCGUGUUACGAAGAAACGUUCAUCCAUUUUUAUAUCGACCUGCGUCCGCCCCGACAACAGCGAGAGUGCUGACUCUACGUUUUAAAACUCGCCUAAUUUUACUUUUCAGCGUCUACGACGGCGCGCCUCGGCGUCGAUUUGCGCGCACACGCGCACAAGGGCGCGGUCCGAGGGUUACCCGCGUCCCUGCAGCGCCGUUCGCACCUCCGCUGGGAUGACGGAUGGCGCCCGGAGGUGCCGGGGGAGGUUUCGUCGAGAGAGAGAGAGCCGAUUGCGAUUCGCCCGAGGUUAUUUUUCUGCCGAUUACCGUGCAUGCGCCGUACAGCUUGCCACAGCGGCCGCCGGCCUUGGGCUACUCCGCGGGGCGUUGGGCCGCACCUCCGCCCUGCAUCGCUUGCAGCGUUCGCUUCAAAGUCUUGACGAGUUCCGUGACGAUGGAGGCAGAGUUACUGGCGUUCCCGUGUGGGGGCCAAGCAGGGAUUACAUAAACGAAAUGUCACCUCCGUGGAUUUGAAAUCUCCCAGAGGCCAGCUCUCACCCCCUUGCCAUCUUGUGCGGUGGAGGGGGCGGUUCACUCGUGGGGAGGGGGGGGGGCGGUUGCCGGUUGGGAUGCCCCACAUGGUGUAACCACGGUGUCAUGUUUAAGAAAUGUAACCGGCAAUUGUGCAAAGUAGUAUUGUAAUAAUUUAUUAUUAAAACUACAACAGUAUUUCACGUCAUUUUCGCUGCUUAAUCCACGCGGCUCGUGUCUCAGAUUUAGCUUUUUGUUGUUGUUGCUUUUUCCCCUUUCCCCCCGGUAAAUACAACUUUACGGUUCUUGUUAAAAAUGAAAAAAAUUAAAUAGCAUAACAAUUUU